UGAUGAAUUUGACGUUCACCGUCAAUAUGUAGUUUGAAUAACAAAUCAAAACAUUCAAGAAUUUUUCAAAAUUUUCUGUAUUCAUAAUUGAUUAAUUUUGGUACUUAAAUUUAAUGAAAAUGGAAGAGUUUGCCCAUCCUGAAAUUUUGCAAAACUCGAGAAAUGAAAAAGAGGAGAAAACUGAGAAAAUUUCUUACACCGGCCGAACGAAUUGCGGAAUAUGUUGUAUCUGCCGCAUGCCUCCAGUCCAUUCGAAGUUCUACUACGGGCAUGUUUUCUGUACUGAUUGCUUCUACAAGUACAUCUACUCGCCAACCAAGACUGACUGCUCUGGUGACGUGACUAAGAAGGAAGUCCGAGAGGAAAAUGCAGUACAAGAGACGCCUAAAUAAACAGCUUUAUAUAAUAAGUGGGUAAACUGUCUUCGUACUUGUAAAACUCAGGCCGUUUUUGUUUGGUAACGCAAAAAUGUAAUAAAAAUGUGUGUUUUUGGAAACCGUUU